CUUCGAUCUCAUCAGGAAGAUUGCAUCAUUUUACAUCGCAUCAGAGAACCAAAAUCCUCGGGCCGUCUCAGAACAUCCGCAAUCGUCUGUUAAUUCGCGGACGAUUCUUUGCGCCAGUUACAACAAGCGUACCAUGACAAAGAAGACGAUUCAGUCGAAAAGUUUGGGAAAGUGAAAGGGGGCUCUGAUUGAAAUCGCCAAACCUAGUGGUGAAGGUUGCCACAAAUGCUUGAGCAACCAGCUGAGCCAGUCCCUCUGAAAACAGAGGCAUCAUCUCCCUUUGCAGACGCUGCCACCUCGAAUGGCUUCUCGAAUGCACAGCCACAGCCACAGACGCAGGAUGGACCACCAAAGCAGACAGUGGAGCAGGUGAGGGCGGAGCAAAGGGCAGACAGAGCAGCAAAGAUCAUAUCCCUGGCGUCCCUGCUGCUGCUCUUUGUGGCCGUGGCGCUCUACACAUCCCUUGCCAGCUUUGGAUGGAACCCCUACAUUGCGGCUGUCGCUCUCUUCUGCGCGGGCAUCGCAGGAUACCCUCUCCUGUCCCUGCUGACCCACGCGGUCGCCUCGCAAACUUCUAGAGCCUUCAAGAGCCUGGGCCCCUAUGACAGGUUCCAGUGGGCGCAGAAGGUGCCGUCGAUGAUACAUGCGGUCACCUUGACCGUUACGGGCCUCAACGUGGUCCUGCAGGCGCACAGGGCAGGCCACGAUCUGAUGCACGGCCGCAACGAUUUGGUUGCUGCCUUCCUGGGUCUCGAGCUGGCCUACCUCUUGCAGGACACGGGCAUGGAGGUGUUGAAGCAGGCGCGCUUUGGCCGAAGCCACUCUCUGCUACGCUGGGGGCACCACAUCGCGCUGCUGGGAUUGUUGCCUGCCUACUACUGGCACCGCCAAGGAGACCUCCUCCUGGGCCUCUUCUUCCUUUGCAACGCUGCCACCAUCCCACGGCAACUUCGCUGGUAUUUUCAAAUGGUGGGAAUGAGGCGGCGGCGCAUCUGGUACCGCCUGAAUACUGUUGCACUUUUUGUGGCGUUUGCAGCAACACACAUUCUCAGCGUGAUGUAUGUGCUGCACGUGCACUGCCGCUCCCAGCGCCUGCCCUGGCACAAAGCUUCUGCCGGGAUACCACCCAGAUAUCUGGCGGCUGGAGCAGUCAUUCUGGCCCUCAAUGCAUGCUGGCUGUGUGCCGUGCUCAAGGACUCUUCGGCCAAGCGCAAGGCCUCACAAAAGUCUUCAUGACAGCGGGUCUUUUGUAUGGUGUCUUCACUAUGUGCCCGUUUCUGCCUGUAUUCUAGCGUCACUGGGUGUCCGUAGGGGAGCGACUAACCCAUGCAGCAUGAAGAUCGCAUGUGGUCCAGAUACCUGGGAGGUGUUGUUUGUCGUUUGGGGAGUCCCUUGAUAUUUGAACAAUUCACUUUCAUGGCUAUUUAGUGUAAAUACACGAGUAGGGUGCAGAAUUGAGCUGAACGCAUGCACGUCAGGAUGGAGGACAAUAGGCCUAGGUGUACAGUACUUUACUUUUAGCGUCUUGUCUAGAAGAUCUUCGUUUCAGUGAAGGUUUCUCUAUGGGUGACGAUUUCGUUUGGAGGUUUCUGAGGGUUUGAAGGGGAGCCUUCCAAUGUUGGCUUCUUGAGGGUGUUCAAUGUGUUUCUGUCGACAACAUUGCGUUCGCUGUGUCUUUUUAGGUGAGUCAAAUUGACUCUGCUCCUUACCGCUAGGCACCAUUCUUUGGCUGUACCAGAUCAAUGUGGCAGUCAUUAACAAGAGCAGAGC